AUGGCUGGCAAAAAAUUACUGGCAUUCGUCUUAACGUUUUGCUUAUUAUAUUCAACGGUGGACUCAGGCAAAGACCGUGGUAAAAAAAAAAGGACGAAGGAUAAAGAAACAACUGAUCGCGAUACAGCAACAAUAACGAAUCGAGAUGAAGAACGAGAAGAAGAUCGUAAAGAAAUAUAUAAAGGAAAGAAGAGUAGCAGUAGUAGUGAAGAAGAUGAAAAGAAAAAAGAUAAAAAAAAUGGAACGGAUACUGUACAAGGGGAAAAAAUGCGUACAAAACGUUGGGGUUUUGGCGAUGUCGGUUUUAUUUCUGUCUUUAUCAAAACUCUUUAA